AUGGCCGGUAUAGGUUCGUUGUCGGCAACAUGCACCAACCAGUUCCCUUCAUCUGAAGUUGUCCGACUUCAUGCAGAAUACAAACCUAUGUUAUCAGUAGUGAACAUAUAUCUAGACUUUUCUAAAAGCAACAUAAGAAACAUUUCAACUCCUGGAUCAAAUAUUACAGUGACUACAGAAAAGAAUGUGAUAACAGUUAUGAAGGGAGGCAAUUCUGUUCAGUUUGAGAUGAAUGGCUUGGUGCUGUGCCCUCUGUCCUGUCGAGGAUUGAAGUUGUGUGGAGGUCAUGAGCUGCAGAUGACAUUACAGACUACAGGGGUGAACGACUUCCUAGACACUGAUUCUUGUUUUAUGUCUCAAGUCAGUGGCCAGAAUGAGAUGGUUGAGAAAAUUCACCUGUGUCAGAGUCGGUGUUUCUGCUCGUGUUGUGGACAGAGGCUGUUCAAGCAUCAUGGUAUUUUUGAACGUGUUCUUCCUCUACCAUCAGAGAAUUGGUCUGACUUUGCAGACUUCUGGUUCUGCCAUUGUCAUGGAGACACACCUAAGCCACGCCCUACAUCUGUUUGGCCUAAGAAAAGUGACUGUCUUGUCAGUAAUACCUACAUUCUGGUCAGUGCCUCGCAUGUGGCAGAUGGCGCUGUGCAGGAAAGGAAAGAUAACCCUGUCCUCCAGUGUGCCAGAUGUGGAAGUUUUCUAGGUGUUACAAUGUCAAACCAGAAUAAAGAAAAUGAUGCUGCUGCUCUGAGUGUUCCACACAAGGCUUGUCAGCUGUAUCUUCACGCCCUCAGCUUUACCACAGAGUCUGAGGAAAGUGUCUUCGAGCAGCCACGGCCUCCUGAAGUCUCACUGGAAUUGUUUCUGUCUCAACUAAUACAAGAACAAAGUAGAUUAUACACAAGUUUUAGAUUCAUCGUCAACUCCACGGCGGUCCGGGAACAUGACCGGAGUUUGACUGUGUUGAUUUGGUUGUUGGAUCAGGACCAGUUACUCUAUAUUGCUGAAGGUCUUCUUCCCAGCGUACCGCAGAAACUCAAGGUUCAAGGUCAGAGAGCCAUCAAGAUGUUAUACAGAGCUGUGGUUCAUACUAGUGUCACAAGCAACAGCACCCCACCCCCAGGUGCUGACCUGUUUGAGACGUGGCAGAAGGACAACACAGUACAUGGCGUCACUCUACCACACCCUCUGUGUUUAAAACUGGUCACUCUGCUUAUGAACAACACCAAGAAACUUCCUCCAUAUCAACGACGCUUAAACGGCUUUAAUGUGACUUACCUGCAGAAGAAAUGAUGUCAACCCGCAUUUGUGCCAAACUUUGUGAUGCAUCCUCUGUUAAUAAACAUAUAAAUUUCA